AUUUUUUUAUGUAGUGCAAAAAAGAAUUGGUUAAUUAAAGAUUUAUGUAAUGAAAUAUCAAAAAUUAAGAAUUAUAAUGAUAAUAUUUAUUUGAUAGGUAAUACUAAUGUUGGUAAAUCUGAAUUAAUUAAUAGUUUUUUAAGAACUUAUGUUCAUAAUGGAAGAAAAUAUGAAGUUACUUCUUCUCAUAUUCCUGGUACUACUAUUAAUAUGUUGGGUUUACCUUUGAAUAUUUUUGGUGAUACUUUUGGUAAAAAUAUUAAAGGAAUAUCAUUCAACAACAACAAUAAUAAUAAUCAAGGGGAUCGUAGAUUUUUAUUUGAUACCCCUGGAAUUGUUAAUGAAAAUCAAUUAUUUCAUUUUUUAGAUCAAGAAGAAAUAAAAAUGAUUACUCCUCAAAGGAAUAUUCGUCCUUUUACCUAUAUAUUUAAGCCAGGAAAAUCAUUGUUGUUUGGUGGAUUAGGUAGAAUAGAUUAUAAAAUGGGUAAAAAUCCAAUUCGUAUAACAGUAUUCUCAGGAUUAGAUUCACAUAUAACGUCAAUAGAAAAGGCAGAUGAAUUUUACAAACAAUUAUCUUUUUAUGAAGAAGAUCAUUUUUUAAAACCUCCAAUAGGAUCAAUAGAACGUCUUAAAAAAUUUCCCGAAAUAAUUAAAAGUAUAAAAAAUUUAAAGGUGGUUAGUAAUGAAAAACUAUAUAUGAAUACAAAAAAAAUUAGCAUUUUAGAUGUAGUUUGGAGUGGUGUUGGUUGGUGUAGUAUAGGUGGUGUUAAAAUUGGUGAAACUGCUAUAUUUGAUAUUUGGAGUCCUGAUGGAAAAGGCGUUUAUGUUAGAAAUGUUCCUUUGCUACCUUACGAAUUUCAUGGUAAAAUUGAAAAAAUAAAAUAAAUAUAACGAGAGUACGUGUAAGACAUCAUUUUUUAAUAAUUAGUAAUAACUGUAUCUUAUCAAUUAUUAAAAAAAAACACAUUUACAAAUAGGAAGUGAAAAACAGGAUUAUUGAUAUAUAUUAUUUUACAGAUAUAAAUGUUUUCUUAGAAAAAAAAUAAAAAAAAAAUGAACGAUAAAUAAAAAAAAAUAAUAAAUAUAAAUAUAUAACAUUACUGCACAUUUAAUGUGCGAUAUUUAUUGCCCAUCCAUACACGCAAAAAAUAAAUACAAUAUUAUUAUUCUAUAAACUAUCUACAAAUAAAAUAAAUAAAAUAAAUUAUAUUAUUAUUAUUAUAAUUAUCAUUAUAUUA